AUGGUCAAUUUCCCAGGGGUGUUUAACAGGUGUCAGAUGAGCUUGGUGUGUGAUGGUGCCUUUCCCAGCAACAGGCAGCUGAAAACAGUAAUUCUGACCAGAAACCUUCUCAUGUUUCUGUCUGACACAGCAUUUGCUGGCCCACGUUCCCUGGAACACUUAACACAGACAGGAAUAACAAGUAUGUGCUUUAUUCCAGUGACAAAUCUUGGCAGCUUAGGUAUCUUCAUCUUGGGCAGCAUCCACAUCUCUUCGCUGCAGCUUCCUCCCAGCUUUCCCACGCGAAACCUCACACUCAAUUUUCUAAUGAAUAACAUACAAGCAAUCACAGCACAGGAUGUCCAAGCUCCACAGAAGACCAGCAGUGUAACUCUCAUCCUUAAAGGCAAUGACAUUACACACAUUGAACCUGGAUCUUUUCAGUCGUAUUUCUACAGUUUGGACUUAGUGGGCUGUGCUGACAUCCCUGGAGUCCUGGUGGGGAUACAGAACUCCUCAGCUCAGCCCUUUUGGCUGGGAACAUUUUAUGGUGUGGGAAAGGAGCCCUACAUAAGCUCAGAUAUUUUACAAGGCCUCUGUAGUAUCUCUGUCAAGGAUCUCUAUCUGCAGUUACAGCACCUUAGAAAACUAAAUGCUGACACAUUUCAGAGCUUAACCAGGCUUCAAAAGUUGGACCUAACACAGCCCCACAUCCAUGCACUGCCCCCUGGCAUCAGUGGCAUGAGCUUGCUAGAGGAGAUGGUUCUCAGUGCAAACUGCUUUGAGCAGCUCUGCAACACCAGCUCUGCUGCCUUCGCCUCCCUCACCUGCCUCCACAUCAAGGGUAACUCACAGGUUCUGCAGCCAGGCUCUGGCUAUUCGGAGAAACUGGCAAAGCUUCAACAUCUAGAUUUAAGUCAGAGUCACAUUGAAAUUUGAUGCUCUAGCAAAGUGCUGAGAGCUUUGAGCAGACUUUGUUACCUGAAUCUGAGCUACAACACACACCUCCAUCUCCAGGAAAUGCUCAUUUAGGACAGUGCUAGCCUAGAGCUGCUGGACUUACCCUUCACUCCUCUCUAUAUCAACACCUUAGAGAGCCCUUUCCAAAAUCUCCAUCUCUAGCAAGUGCUAGAUGAUCUUUCCUCAUCCCACAUUAAUACUAGCUUUCAGCAUGUCUUUCAAGGCUUGAAAAACCUCAUGUUCUUGGACCUUAGUCAAAAUAACUUUGAUUUGGGGAUCAUGCCAAAGGACAAACUGUUCCAACAACUAUCCAGUUUAGGGGUGCUAAUAUUACCAUCCUGAGAACUGACAUCAAUAGGUAACCAAGUAUUUCACAACCUCAGGAAGUUACAGCAUGUUGAUCUGAAUUACAACAAAUUUACUGCAUUUAGCACAGAUGCAUUUUCAAGUCUCAAGAAAAGAAUUUCAAUGUCACAUUACAGGCUACUGCCCAUAGAAGCCAGCAAUCAGGCUAUGUCAUCCACCACCACACCACAGCUGAGAAAUCUACUGCAGGAAGUCUACAAAAGAACACAUCAGAUCUAUAAUCACAUUAAGACUGACCAAGAAGAACACAGGCAGGAGGAUCUCUAA